CCCGCCGCCCGCCCGCCAGCGCUCCUGGUGCAUUCUGCCCAGUAGUAUUUCGUGGAAGUGCUGCAGCCCGAUCCCUGGGCGGCCGGCCGGAGCGGAGAGCUUGUGUCCUGCAGGCGCCAUCGCCCCCCGGCACGGAGCCCACGCCGCUGGGGCUGGGCUGGGGAGGGAGAGGUGUCCAGCCCUCUCUUUUGGGAGAUGAGAUGCUGAGGCCUGAGGAGGGUUUGUAGGUCAAGAGGCAACUGCCAUUGAAAGAUAGUGAGUGACUUUCCAGGACAAGAACCAAUCGAGGGGAGCGGCCAGAAGCAUCGACUGAAAGCUUAAAGUACCUAAAUGAGUGAUAAUGGUCUCCAGCUGCCAAAGAAGGCUGUGGAUGCCAAGAGAAAGGUAACCGUUUCUCACCCCGUUGAGUGGAACUGGAUGCCUCUAGGAGCCCGCACUGGCUGGCACUGAACAUGGCCGAGUUCACAAACUACAAGGAAACUGCCUCCAGCCGCCACCUGCGCUUUAAGUUACAGAGUCUAAGCCGCCGCCUUGAUGAAUUGGAAGAAGCCACAAAAAACCUCCAGAAAGCAGAGGAUGAGCUCCUGGAUCUCCAGGACAAGGUGAUCCAGGCGGAAGGCAGCAACUCCUGCAUGCUGGCCGAGAUUGAAGUGCUGCGGCAGCGAGUGCUGAGAAUCGAAGGCAAAGAUGAGGAAAUUAAGAGAGCGGAGGACCUGUGCCGGCUGAUGAAGGAAAAACUCGAAGAGGAGGAAAACCUCACCCGGGACCUGAAAUCCGAGAUUGAGCGGCUUCAGAAACGGAUGGCCGAGCUGGAGAAGCUCGAGGAGGCCUUCAGCAGGAGCAAGAAUGACUGCACCCAGCUCUGUCUGAGCCUGAACGAGGAGAGAAACCUGACGAAGAAAAUCUCCUCCGAGCUGGAGACGCUCCGGGUCAAAGUGAAGGAGCUGGAGACGUCCGAGGACCGCCUCGAUAAGACCGAGCAGGGUCUGGUGUCCGAGCUGGAGAAGCUGAAAUCCUUAACUCUGAGCUUUGUCAGUGAGAGAAAGUACUUAAAUGAAAAGGAGAAAGAAAACGAGAAGAUUAUAAAAGAGCUCACUCAAAAACUGGAGCAGAACAAAAAAAUGAACCGAGAUUAUACAAGGAAUGCUUCUAAUCUUCUGGAAAGGAACGACCUGCGGAUUGAGGAUGGGAUCCCCUCCACACUGCCAUCCAAGGAAGCAAGAAGGAAGGGCGCUCUGGACUAUCUCAAGCAGGCAGAGAAUGAAACAAGGAAUAAGUCUGAAAAUGAAAAGAACCGAAAUCAGGAAGACAAUAAAGUCAAAGACCUUAACCAAGAAAUUGAGAAACUGAAGACACAACUCAAACAUUUUGAGUCUUUGGAAGAAGAGCUCAAGAAGAUGAGGGCCAAGAAUAAUGACCUUCAGGAUAAUUACUUAAGCGAACAAAACAAAAACAAACUCUUAGCCAGCCAGCUGGAGGAGAUAAAGCUACAGAUCAAGAAACAGAAGGAGUUAGAGAACGGGGAGGUGGAAGGGGAGGACGUGUCCCUGUCCAGCAAGGGCAGGCACGAGAGGACUAAGUUUAGAGGCCACGGGAAUGAGGCACCUGUGUCCAAGCACACGGCUCGGGAACUGUCCCCUCAGCAUAAGCGAGAAAGGCACCGAAACAGGGAGUUUGCUCUUAACAAUGAAAACUAUUCUCUGAGCAACAGGCAGGUUUCCUCUCCCAGUUUCACCAGUAGGAGGGCAGCCAAAGCUUCCAACACAGGGGCAGGUACGGACAGUGGGACCCAGGAGGCAAAGAGAACCGAAGACCGAUUUGCACCCGGCCCCUCUCAGAGCGAAGGGAAGAAGUCCAGGGAGCAGCCGUCGGUGCUCAGCCGCUACCCCCCAGCUGCUCAGGAGCACAGUAAAGUCUGGAAGGGCUCUCCCAAGCCAGGUACUGAGAGUGGGUUGAAGGGGAAAGUCGAGAAGACAACACGAACAUUUAGCGAUACCACGCACGGAUCUGUUCCCAAUGACGUCCUGGGUAGAGCUGACAAGGCUUCUGACACCUCCACCGAGGCCCUGUUCGGCAAGAGAGGGCAGGUGCCUAGCAAUGGAAGUCAAGGAACUCAGGCCGCAGACUCGGGCAGUUCUAAGACCAUUGGAGCCCUGGCCUCAUCUCGAAGAUCUUCCUCAGAAGGCCUCUCUAAGGGCAAAAAGGCUGCCAACGGCCCAGAGGCUGAUACUAGCUCCCCAAAUUCCAAGGCACCACUUUUAUCAAAGUACCCUUACAGCUCCAGAAGCCAAGAGAACAUCCUUCAGGGUUUUUCAACCCCAAAUAAAGAAGGAGUUGAUCAACCCAUAGCAAUUGUGAUGGAAGACAGCAGUCAACAUGAAGCCCUAAGGUGUCGAGUCAUCAAAUCUGGUGGCAGAGAGAAGCCAGAUUCAGAUGAUGACAUGGACAUGAUGUCUCUUGUUACUGCCAAACUGGUAAACACCACCAUCACCCCAGAGCCAGAGCUCAAACAGCCCAGCUCUAGAGAAAAGGCCAAAUCCCGAGGGGGUCUCAGAACCUCCCUGUUUGAGAUUGAUAGAGAUGUUGGGACAGAAAGUGAAUCUUCGAAACCUAUCAGAGCCUCCACCAAUCCCGCGGAGUUCCCAGAGGCCAAUGGUGCGGGGGUAAAAAGUCAGAGGCCCUUCAGCCCCAGAGAGGCCUUGCGGUCUAGGGCCAUCAUCAAACCUGUCAUCGUUGAUAAAGAUGUGAAAAAAAUCAUGGGAGGAUCCGGAGUGGAGUCCACACUGGAGAAACAGAAGUUCCCCUCCAAACCAGGGCCAAACAAAGUUACGAGCAGCAUUACCAUCUAUCCCUCCGACGGCAACAGCCCUCGAGCCGCCCCAGGUGAGGCCCUGCUGCGGGAGAGGCACACGGCCACCAGCAACAUCCAGGUUGGGCCGCCAGAACUCGCAGCAGUUAGCAACCAUGUCAGCUCCCCCUUUGAGCUCUCUAUUCACAAACACGACAUCACCUUGCAGUUCACGGAAGCUGAAAGAAUGGGAGACGGGCCCCUGAAGAACAGGCCGGAAACAGUGGUCUCUCGGAGCAGCAUUAUAAUCAAGCCAUCAGACCCCGUGGAGAGGAAUAGCCACGCACCCCCUGCAGAGACAGUCAGGUGGAAAAGCCAUAGUGCCCCUUCAGAGGCGAGCCCUUCGGAUGCCAGGCACGUUACUGUGCGGAACGCCUGGAAGGGCAGGCGGGAUUUGAACUCUUUAGAAGACCCCCCGACUCAAAUAGGUAAAAAUGCGGCAUCUGCCAAUGCCUACACCCAGAGGUCUUCCACAGACUAUUCAGACCUUGAACAGCCCAGGUCCUACCUUUGCGAGCUGGGCACUCGAAGGGUAGGAAACCCAGGGGAUGCCCCUGAGCUCUCUUCCAGAAGGACCCAAAGUAGCCUCACUGUGUCAGAGGUGCUCACUCGGCAGAAUCGGGCAGGAGACGCUGUCACGGCUGCCGCCUGGAACCACUUGGCAGGCUCGGAGGAAGACGACUGCACACAUGGUGUCUACAGGCGGCUGCACAACUCCCUGGAACGUUCUGAACUGCCUGUGAAGCAGGGGCUGGCAGAGCCUGGGCAAGCACAGGCCGAGGAGCGGAUACGGCCAACCAGGCCCUGUGCGGAGGACAACUGAGCCAGCGGGCCGAGGUCUGUCGUCGCCUCUGCUCCGCUCCUCAGCUCUCCCACCUGCCCUUCCCAUGAAGGUGGGAUCCCAGGCCAGUACCAGGCAAGACACCAGGCCCUGUCUGGGAGACUGUGGCAGGGAGCCAGGCUGUGGCUCAGGUCAUUUCUGCAAGUUGGCCAGAGGGGAUCAGAAACUACAAGCUGGACAGUCACCUAGGCUUCCCUGAUUGAUGCAUGAGACCUCCUUGUCCCUGUCCUGUCCCCCAGGUAGAAUGGGCCACUCUGGUCCCCAAAUAGGGAAUGAUAGAAACUCCUUAUAUCCCCACUGUACAACUGUAGCCCCUUCCUUGUGGUUAAUAGUCUGAUUUCUCAGUCACCUUACCACAUCCAGUUUGCUCCUUUGUCCGUCCUAGGGGCCUAAGUACCUACAUUAAGACUUACCAGCCAUCAGCUCCUUUCAGGGGCUUCCAUUUCUUGCCCCUUUGGAGUUCCUCAGACUUAUUGAAGACAUUUGUGUUGCCUCUAAUGGAUUAUGGGACUACACUUUAAAUUGAAACUUCUCUGACUGGCCCCUCUUGCUAACCACUGUUUUCUGGGGGCAGAGUACAUGGGUACCCACCCACCUGUUGGAAUGACAUCAUCUGUCCCCCAACCCCAGCUCUCAGCUCACCUUCCAAAGGCACCUGGAAAUGCACAAACCUCAUGCAUCUCCUUCCUCGGGCACCAGUAAUGCUGCUGGCAUUGCCUGCUCCUCUCCUGUGGCUGGAGACGUCAUGCUGACUGUUUCUCCACCUUUGGAAAAUUCCCAGACUAAACUGGGCCUGACCCAGCAUACUCUGCCUUCUAGGAAGCGCCCAGCAAAGGGGAAUGGGGACAGGAAGAAGCGCCUCCCCUUCACUCCACAAAGCAAUAGUUCCAUGAAAGGCACGGACUUUGUUCCUCCUCCGUCUCCCACGGAGGAGGCAGCGCACUUUACCAGGCUGACGCAUCCCUGCAGAAGUGGGCCCGUGGUUUCUGCCAGCCCUGACUUCUCGGGAGGAAAGGCAGCACGUGCCCGUCAGGGCCCCAGAUGUACACAAUUCCAAACGCAGCAAACUUUGCAGGAAACCACGUAAAUAAAAACCGAUUCGUUUACUUAAUACCAUUCACAUGGGGAAGUUAAAGAACUUGUGACCUUGGCACUGCUUUUCUGUAGCAUUCUCUCGAUUUGAAGAAGGGAUCCCCUUCGCGGUAAAAGAGCAGUGCAGCAGGAGUCAGGAAAGCUGGAUUUCCUUCACGGCACUGUGCUUCGCCGUGGGUCCCUGUCUGUGAAACGGGUCCUUUGAAGUGGCUGGUUCCGAAGGGGCCUCGAUCUGGCAGUCCGAGAUUCCUGUUUCCAUCAUCCCACUGCGGGGAGGUGAUUCUCGUUGGGAGGGGCCACCCAAAGGGAUCUGGGGAAUGUGUCCUCGGUGCCCUUGACAGCCCUUUUGGGCCCUUUCUGUCAUGAGUUGGAGCUUUGGCCUCAUUUUUCCAGUCUGUAAAGGGAAGGGUCUCUGUGAUUAACGGUCUCUGUGGCCCUUUCUGGCACCAACACCUUGCCCACCACCACGUGGUAUCUCCUGGCUUCCACAGUCCAUAGCACAAGUGGGUGUGCCUCCUGUUCCUGUGCUUCUUGAGUCACUUCCUCUGCCUCCGCUCAGCGUGGGAACCAGUGUGCACCCUGCCUCUUCUGCACCAGACUUGGCAGUCCUGGGGUGGGGGGAACACCUACCUUACUUUCGCUGGCAGGGAUGUUUUGCUUGAUUCCAUUUUCUGGAGUUUUGCCAAUCUAAGGGUGUUGUCCUGUGGCUUGCCUUUCCUUCACAUUGCUGCCUCAGAGGUUUAACUUCAGAUGCUGUUUUCAAAACCUCUUCUACUGCUUCUCCUGGUCACUGGCCAGACACUAGCUUGUUCAAGGCUGCAGCCUCUCACGUAGCCUCCCUGCCAUUUUCCACGGUUGGCAACCCUGACAGUCUGAAGGAAACCGACCUCUGUGGAGAGGAAAAAAAGUCUGUGGCUCUUCUCUACUGGUGGGAACAGAAGGGUGCCAAGCCAUGCCUUCGAAGAGCUCGCCGAUGUCAUCGGAGCCCUGGAUUCUGGUGCUGUAGCUCCUGGUGCCAAAGUCUGGAUCUUUCCACACUUCAGCAGCAUCAACAUCUGCCACUCCCCAUAAUGCUCUGGGGUAGAGGGACUGUUGUAGUGCCCUCUUGCUGGGGCUGCUGUCUUACAAUCCGAGUGCAAUAGGGUUUGAUUAUGUUAUUUCAGGAUAAAUACUGUUUCAUCUGCACACUUCCUAGAACCUCUGUAAAGCAUAUUUUAAAGAAUGUCCUCAGCAUUGCAGAAAAUACCAUUUGUAAUAGCCCGUGAAGGCUGGAUGCUCAGUCACCCUGGGCUUCCAAUGACUGGCAAGGCUGGCUCUCAAAUUCCAAAGUAGGGAGGCACGUUUCUGAAAAGCAACUUAGGUGAGACCAGCUGGACUUGGGCCUCACCAUCAGGGGUCCUGGAAGAAACAUCCAAAAAAGGGGGAGGCCUGGUAGUUGAAUAGUUCUCUAAUAAAGCCAAAUAUUCCCUGUCCCAGCCAAUAAACCCACUUUUAUGACAAGCCUUUUCUGCAGCUUGGCUCAAACUCUCCUAAGUUUUACUGGCAGGUGGAUGGUUAGGGGAGGGUCCUAGUGAAGUUGGGGGGGGGGGUGGUAGCAACUCCAGAGCUGCCUGGUUGGAGGAAGGAGAGCUGGCUAAAUGCCAGGAGCUGCUCUUUCACCUGUCCCUUACCACUCUGAUACGAAAAACUGGGGAAAGCUGCAGGGAUGGCAGGCAGGAGGAAACCAUGGCUGUUUUCACUUUUGAGCGGCAAGGAAAACAGUUACAUGUGGGUUAAAGGGAUCUGCAGGGGGGGCCGUGGGCUCCGACCUUCGCGACAGGCAAAAGCUUGCACGUAAAUCAACCCCCUCUCAUGGGGUGUGAGAGGGUCUGUAUUGAUCUUGGACUUGUCAUCCUGGGGCAGUUUUAGUUCUUGACAUUAUAGUGGGUGAGUGCCAAGUGCUACCACUUCCCAGUAAAGGAACAGGGACCCAGCCUCUCGCCCAGUCCCUAGCUGCCUUUGUUGGUGUGGUUUUUGUUUUUUGAGACUGCUUAGAAAGAGCUGCUUUUAGGGAUUACCUUUUGAAUACCCCGAGUGGGGAACAGGGUUCUCCUCAAAGCCUCAUAACCGAGAUCAUAGGAAAGGGGCCCUAUUUUCCUGCUGCUUCACAGCUCAGAACAUGUACUGAAUGGAAUGUAUUUUUAAGAGAAUAAAGUCUAUUUUUUUUUUUGUAUUUUAAAGAUUGGGAGGGCUAGGGAAGUAGCCCUCAAAAACUGUUAAUACAUUAUAGGCCCCUUUUACUAAGGGGCGUCAGUAUCUGGUCCACACUUACUUGCUCAGGCAGGUGCUCGGGUCUCACCCCUGCCCCUUGGAGUCCAGGUGCAGCAGCUUCUACACUCCUGCUCCAGGCACGGGACCAAGGAGGCCGGAACCCUGCUGCUGGAAACCAGGGCAAAGCCAUGAGCAGUGACUCAGGGCUCCUUGGGUGCAUGUGUAGUUGAAGCUGCCUGUCUGCAUGUAUCCUCUGGCUCUAAUGCUGUCUGUUGGCUCCGCAGCACAAUAUGUAACCAAUAAAGCUCCCUAGUUUCCAUGU